AGUUGUUAAUGGGAAUUUCUGAUUAUGAUGGAUACUCGAACACUAAUAUCUCUUCUGAAAACAAGUACUACUUCAAAAUCAUUAAAACAAGGUAAGACUCUCCACCAAAAGAUCAUCACAACCGGAUUACAAAAGAACAUCGUUUUCUGCAAAACUCUCAUCAACUUUUACUUGUCAUGCCAUUCAUAUGAAUCUGCAAAGCAAGUUUUCCAAACCAUUGAGAAUCCAUCAGACAUUACCAUAUGGAAUGGACUAAUAUCAGCUUACACCAAGAACCAUAUGUAUAAUGAAGCUAUUGAUAUGUAUAAGAGUUUACGGCUUAACCCUUAUCUCAAACCUGAUAGUUAUACUUACCCAAGUGUUUUAAAAGCGUUCAGCGGAUUAAGAAAUGUGAACGAAGUAACGAAAAUUCAUACUCGUUUGAUUAAAUCUGGUUUUGGGUUUGAUGUUGUUGUUGCUAGUGCACUGGUUGGUUUAUAUGCGAAGUGCAAUCGAUUGGAUUGUGCGACGAGACUGUUUGAUGAAAUGUCUGACAGAGAUGCGGCGUCUUGGAAUAAUGUGCUUUCCUGUUAUUAUCAGAGUGGCAAGUAUGAAAAAGUAUUGGAAUUGUUUGAAGAGAUGAAAAAGAGUUCUUGUUUUGAACCAGAUUCAGUUACGUACACGACUGCUUUGUCUGCGUGUGCAAGACUUUUGGAUUUGAACAGAGGAAGGGAGAUCCAUUUGGAGGUUAAAAGAAGUGGGUUGGAAUUGGAUGGAUUUAUAAGCUCUGCUCUUGUGGAAAUGUAUGGAAAAUGUGGUUGUUUAAUGAUGGCUAGGGAAGUUUUUGAUCGGAUUCCUAACAAGAGCGUCGUUUCAUGGAAUUCGAUGAUUAGCGGGUUUGGAUUAAGAGGUGAUGUUCGCUCGUGUUUGGAGCUUUUCCGGAGAAUGAACAGCGAAAAUGUGGUUCCCACUUCAACUACAAUUAGUAGUUUACUGAUAGCUUGUUCCAGACACAGUAAACUGCAGGAAGGGAAAUUCUUGCAUGGGUAUCUCAUAAGAAACGGAGUUGAAAUUGAUACCUUCAUCAGUAGCUCACUUAUGGAUCUUUACUUCAAGUGUGGAAGGAUUCCCAUGGCUGAACAAGUCUUCGAAAGUGCACCCAAAACUGACAUAAUCACUUGGAAUGUAAUGAUCUCCGGAUACGUUUCGGCUGGUUCUAACUUUAAGGCUCUCCAAAUCUUUGGCGAUCUAAGAUCUUCUGGUGUGAGACCAGAUGCAGUUACUUUCACUAGUAUUUUACCAGCUUGUUCACAAUCAGCAGCUUUAGAAAUUGGGAAAGAAAUCCACCAAUCCGUGGUAGAAAAUAGACUGGAAUCCAGCGAAAUAGUCAUGGCAGCUCUCUUAGACAUGUAUGCUAAAUGUGGUGCUAUAGAUGAAGCACGUAAGAUCUUCGAUGAAUUACUGGAGAAGGACUGCAUUUCAUGGACUUCUAUGAUUACUGCAUAUGGUUCCCAUGGUAAAUCUGCUGAAGCUCUGGAAAUAUUUUCAAAGAUGGAAGAAUCCAAAGUAAAACCAGACGGAGUUACUUUUCUUGCAGUCAUAUCUGCGUGUAGUCAUGGAGGGUUAGUUGAUGAAGGGUGUCAUUAUUUCGACCAUAUGACCGAUAAAUACGGGAUAUCACCAACUGUAGAGCAUUACUCUUGCUUAAUUGAUCUCCUUGGCCGUGGUGGAAGAUUAUACGAAGCUUAUGAAAUCCUUGAUAGCACUCCGACCAUAAAAUCUGAUGUUGGGUUGUUAAGUACUCUAUUUUCUGCUUGCACAAUGCACGGAGAUAUACACUUAGGAGAGGAAAUUGCUCGACAACUUAUUGAGAAGGAUCCCGAUGAUCCAUCUACUUAUAUUGUGCUGUCAAACAUGUAUGCUUCUCUUGGAAAAUGGAGGGAAGCACGUCAGGUCAGACUAAAGAUGCAAAAGUUGGGAUUGAAGAAGAGUCCUGGGUGCAGUUGGAUUGAGGUAGAUAAGAAGAUUCAUUCUUUCUUAGUUGAAGAUAUCUCGCAUCCGUAUUCUGGCAUGAUAUUUUCUUGUCUAGCUGACCUGUUUAGGCACAUGGAUGAAAACGAAUCAACAAUGCCACAAAACCUUCAUCUUUAUGGCUAAUUUCUGGAGGCGUAGGGAUGAAAAGUGAGCAUAGUCACAAAUCACGCUAUGGUUGUUGCAUUUGUGUUCUGGAGAUUAAAUAUCUAGCAGAAGUAGCUUUGCACCAGAUAGUGUCAACAACAGCAACAGCAAACACAGGUACUUGAUGUGUAGCCUUUGUUACUGCUUUUGUCGCUGACGAACCUGCAUAUAAGAAUCCGAAUCAAUGAUAGUUUUCAUUCUCAGUUGUAAGUGAGCAUCAAUGAUAGUUUUUCCUUCUCAGAGAUUGUCUAAUUUACCCGAGUCAGAUGAUCUGUUUCAUCUGAUUCACAUCCGAGUCAACGAACCUGGUUUGUGAAUCUGGUGAGUCAAACCCGAGUCAAUGCCUCGUUUUUGCGCGCCAGAAUAAUUGCCUAUUUUUUAACUCUCCAGUCUUCACACACUCAUUCUUCUUCUCCUCCUCCGGUCUUCAUCUCACUCUCUCUGAAAAUCUCCGGUGCCAAACUCCAUUUUUCAGUCGACAGUCGGCCGUAUUUCGAUAAUCUCUGUCGUAGGAAUCCGAUCAAACAGUAGAAGAAAUUGAAUGUCAAAAUUCUUAAAGUUCCUGAGAUUCAACAGAAAGUUUAUGAUGCAACAAGUAAUGAACCUUGGGGACCUCAUGGGUCUGACUUAGCGGAGAUUUCUCAGGCCACUAUGAAAUCUUAAGUUCUAACUCUAUUUACUUUUUUGUUUUGUACUAAGUAGGUUUUCGUUUCCAACUUUAUAGUGGAAACACAAUUGUUUGUCUUCUUCAACAUGAUUUUAAGUGUGUAGUACUGAUUGUAAGAUCAUAAUGAAUGUACUUUGGACAGGAUUGGCUGAUAGUGGUAGAAAUUGGCGUCAUGUCUACAAGGCUUUGGUUGUUAUGGAAUAUUUGGUGGCACGUGGAUCUGAUACUGCAUCAUAAAGAGGGCUGUUACCAUACUGUCCCUUUUUGUUGGAAAAGACAUGGGUAUGAAGUUAGAGAUAAAGCUGCUGCGGACCAUGAUAAGUAUUUUGGACUCUCGUCAACUGGCAAUACAUGUAUGCCUAGUUCAAUCUCAUCAAAGGGCGACAAGAACUUCAGCUGCAGUGAUCGUCAUGGAAGUUUAAGUGCUACAAAAGAGGGGGAAGUGUUAAAGAAUAGUUAUGAAGACAGAGAGCGCUUUUAACAUGAUGGCUUGGAAACAGAUAAACAUGAUGAAUCACGCAGCGCUAUUGCUGGUGGCAAUCAAGGGAUAAAAGCCAAGGACGUUGCUGUACAUAAUGGGAGUGAUCACACUGCUUCGUCAUCCAGCUCUCCAAAGGCCCUUUCUUUCAAGUGUAGUCCCUCCCAAGACUUACCUGCAACAAAUUGCGCUGAAGAUGGUUUUGAGGACUUUGAUCCCUGAGAAACUUCAACUGCUAAGGUAGCUCCUAUACAAGCUGAUGAGGUUGAUCUGUUGGGUGACUUCAUAGAUGCACCAACAUCUCUUCUGCCAGAACCCUGCACCUAUAGUGCUUCCUCUGAAGUUGAUCUGUUUCAGGAUACAGUUUUUGUAUGAGCAACACCUCAUGUUGAUUCUGGAGUUAGCUCCCAGGCUAAGGCAAAUGUUGAUCUGUUUGCUGCGAAGCCUUCCAGUAGCUCUGCAUCCUCUUCAACAGUGAUCGAUUUUUUCACUACUCGAAGACUAGUUUUGCAAGCUAAAACCAAGACUGGGGUUGUGUCUAUUAAUUCACAAACUGGUGAUCCCUUUUCUGGAAUGCUGCUGAACAGUUUUAAUGAGUUUAUUAGUUCACAGACUUUUGAUCACUUUUCUGGAAAGCAGCUGAACAGUUUGGACGACUCUUGACCAUUUUGAUGCGUUCACUUUUUAUACUGAUCAAGUUUCCAGAAAACCUGUAGAAUUGCGAAGUUCUAUCAGUGAGAGGUGCCUUAAAAACCAGGACCCAAAUACUUCAACAAAUUCUAAGCGUCCACUGAAGAAGGAUUCUUUUCAGGUCAUCUCAGGAGUUUGGGCAGAUACACUAAGUCGUUUGCUGAUCGAUCUCAAUAUAACUGCUGGCUUUGGUUAUUGAAUAUUUGGUGGCACAUGGAUCAUCAUAGAUCACUCUUUUCAAAUCUCAUCUCUCUCAACUUUUGAAUAUGUUGAACUCAAUGGAAAAGGCAUGGGUAUGAACCUCAGAAAGAGGGCUGAUACCAUACGGCACCCUUUAGACGAUAAGGUUAAAAUACAGGAAGUUGAAGAUAAAGCUGCUGCGGAGCGUGAUAAGUGAUUGCAGUUCUUUAGUUGGUUUACUUGUUUUAUAACUGAAUGAACACAUAAGCUUUUUGUCAACAAAUGAAUCAAACUUGUGACAUGUCAUUGUUAUUAGGUAUUUUGGACUCUCGUCAACUGGAAAUACAUGUAUGUCUAGUUCAAUCUCAAAUUAAGGAUACCAAGCACUUCUUCCGCAGUGAUCGUCAUGGAAGUUUAAGUGCUACGAAAAAGGGGGAAAUGCUAAAGAAUAUUUAUGAAGACAGAGAGCCCUUUGAACAUGACGGCUUUGAAACAGAUAAACAUGAUGAAUCACGCAGCACUGUUGGCGGUGGCAAUCAAGGGAUGAAAGCCAAGAAAUUCCUGUACAGAAUGGGAGGUUUCUGCUGUUAUAUUCAAUGAUCAAUAAGUUGUGAUUUACUUGUAUCCGUUGUUCUUUUAGUUGGGGUUACCACUUAAAAGAAAAGAUUUGAACCAUUUGUCGUGCGGAUUCCUGAGUUUAUGUAUUAUAAGUUCAUUUGGCCUUGGUUUAACACUAAGUGGCCCUUGUUCUGCUUUAGUUAUACACUACUAAGAAGGUCCAUGAUAAACGUUGAAGAAUAAUUAGGUGUUGGAGUUGAGAUAGUGGAUAACUUCUUUUCCCUAUAAAAACUGUUGGUUGAUAUUUAUUUCUUAUACACUGAAUUUGUUUCAGGGAUAACACUUGUCAUCCAGCUUCAGAAGGCCCUUUCUUCCAAUCGUAGUCCCCCCCAAGACUUAUCAGAAACAACUGGCGCUUAAGGAUUUUGAUGACUUAGAUCCCCGAGAAACUUCAACUGCUAAGAUAGCUCCUGUACAAGCUGAUGAGGUUGAUCUGUUGGGUGACUUCAUAGAUGCACCGGCAUCUCUUCCGCCAAAACCCUGCACCUAUAAUUGUUUCUCUGAGGUUGAUCUGUUUGAGGACACAGUUUUUGUAUCAGCAACACCUCAGAUUCUAGUGCAUGGCUGAAUUAAAGUAGCAAAGCCUCCUCAGAUUUAUCUUGUGAUGGUUUUUUGUUUUUUCGGGCGAGUUAUAUUCAUCAUGUCCUGUACAACAGCAUUUCUUGAAUAAAGAUUUACAUAUUCAUACUGAAAAUUUCAUGCGGCCUACAUGACUUGCCAUUAAGAAGUCCCUUUUGAGUUGCCCACCAAAGUGUCUUUCUCCAAACCAAGUCCCGAUGUUGAUUUGCUCUUAAGUAGUUUUUUUUUUUUUGGUCUCUUGACUUGGCGAGAUCUAUUUCUACCGGCCAUUUAUGCUGGCCAGUGUUGAUUUAUUUUCUGCGAGCCUUCCAGUACUUCUGCAUCUUCUUCAAUAAUGAUCGAUUUUUUCGCCACCCGAAGACCAGUUUUGCAAGCUAAGACUAAGACUGGGGAUGCGUCUAUUAAUUCACAAACUGGUGAUCCCUUUUCUGGAAAGACUCUGACCAUUUCGAUGCAUUAACUUUUUAUUCUGAUGAAGUGUCCUGCGAAAAUGAAAAGUUCUAUCAGUGAGGGGUGCCUUGAAAACCAGGACCCAAAUGCUUCAACAGAUUCUAAGCAUCCGCUGAAGAAGGAUUCUUUUCAGGUCACCUCUGGAGUUUGGCCAGAUACACUAAGUCGUGGGCUGAUCGAUCUCAAUAUUACUGCUGACAAGAAGGAUACAAUUUCAACUUGUAUGGGUAAAGCUAUGGUUACUGCUUACUGGUUCUGGUCAUGGAAGUAAAUCUGGGUUUACAUGAGGAAUACUGGCUGGUGAAGGCGCCAACAUCUUCUCAACCUUAACUCCGUGAUAUAGUUCGGUAGCUUCGCAACAUAUACCACCAUGCCAUGUGUAGAAACACAUAUUUUCUCUCCGUGAUGUAAAUAGAAAUAGAAAGCACAAAUGAGAAACUGUAGCUUACAAAAUUUCUAAAACGUACAUCAUCAUUAAUUGUAUGAAACUAUUAUACCCAA